AAUGAAUCAUUUCCUGUGCUAGGCGCCCUCCCCCGGAAGUGAGUCCUGAUGUAAACACAGGAGCAGGGCGCUAGGGCCCCAGGAGGUCAGAAAGCCCGGCCGCGGGCGGCGCCGAUAACUGGGACUGCCAUCAGAGACGUGCGGAGGGAAACAAGUCUGGAUCAUGACUCAGCAGCUACCUCGUGGAGUAACCAGCCUACGUUUCAACCAGGACCAAAGCUGCUUUUGCUGCGCCAUGGAAACAGGUGUACGGAUCUACAACGUGGAACCUUUGAUGGAGAAAGGACAUCUGGACCAUGAGCAGGUGGGCAGUAUGGGCCUGGUGGAAAUGCUGCAUCGUUCCAAUCUGCUGGCCCUGGUAGGCAGUGGUACCAGCCCCAAGUUUUCUGAGAUCUCUGGACUCCUCCUCAUUCUAACUCUUGUCCCCAACCAUGAACCAACCUGCCCAACAGUGCUGAUCUGGGAUGAUGCCCGGGAGGGCAAGGACUCCAAGGACAAGCUGGUGUUGGAUUUCACCUUCACCAAGCCAGUGCUGGCUGUGCGCAUGCGUCAUGACAAAAUUGUCAUCGUGCUAAGGAAUCGCAUCUACGUGUACUCCUUCCCCAACAGUCCUCGAAAACUGUUUGAGUUCGACACACGGGACAAUGCUAAAGGACUCUGUGACCUCUGCCCCAGCAUGGAGAAGCAACUGCUUGUGUUUCCGGGACACAAGUGUGGGAGCUUACAACUUGUGGACCUGGCGAGCACUAAACCUGGCACUUCUUCUGCUCCAUUCACUAUCAAUGCCCAUCAAAGUGAUGUGGCCUGCAUAUCCCUGAACCAGCUAGGCACUGUCGUAGCAUCGGCCUCUCAGAAGGGCACCCUUAUUCGCCUGUUUGACACUCAGUCAAAGGAGAAACUAGUGGAGCUGCGCCGAGGCACAGACCCUGCCACCCUCUACUGUAUCAACUUCAGCCAUGACUCCUCCUUCCUGUGUGCCUCCAGUGAUAAGGGCACAGUGCAUAUCUUUGCUCUCAAAGAUACCCGCCUCAACCGCCGUUCUGCGUUGGCACGUGUGGGCAAAGUGGGACCCAUGAUUGGGCAGUAUGUGGAUUCACAGUGGAGCCUGGCAAGUUUUACCGUGCCUGCUGAAUCAGCCUGCAUCUGCGCAUUUGGUCGCAAUACUUCUAAGAACGUCAACUCUGUCAUCGCUAUAUGUGUAGACGGAACCUUCCAUAAAUAUGUGUUCACUCCUGAUGGAAACUGCAACAGAGAGGCUUUUGAUGUUUACCUUGACAUCUGUGAUGAUGAUGACUUUUAAAGAUCCUGUAGGUUGUGCUAGAGGCCUGAAGUGGCAGAUUACAAAGGGUUUUUUUGGUAGGGGGCCAGAGUGGGUGCCAUGGAAGCCGCACACAGCAAGCAUUCAGCUGGCAAAUCCCUAUUCUGCACUCAAAGUAGCCUUGAAACAACUUACUUCCCCCAAGCACUUUUGGACAUUGGGGUGUCUUUGAUGAAAUGUAUGCUGGCAAGGCCAAGCCUUGGGACCACAGGAGGCAGUGGACCUACUAGUGUGCCUAGCUGGAAGAAGACUGCCAUGAACUUAGAGGGAGUACCCUAAUCCAGUUGUGGAGAUUUAAAAAACUCAAAGCAACAUCUUUAAUUUGUUUGAAACAAAUAAAAAUUCCUUAACAGUA